AUGGAUGAUUUUACGGGAAAUUCGUCAAUGGAACGUGUUCAGCGCCUAUUCAAGAAGAAUGUUGAGUUGGAGAACCAGUGUAGGAAAGCGGCCCAAGCCAGAAUCCCUUCAGAUCCAAAAGCAUGGCAAAAGAUGUGUGAAAAUUAUGAAGCUAUUAUCCUUGAAGACCAUGCUUUUUCUGAACAAAACGAUGUAGAGUAUGCUCUGUGGCAGUUGCAUUAUAGAAGAAUUGAGGAGCUACGGGUGCUCUUCAAUGCUGCUCUAGCUUCAGCAGGAUCAGCUGCACCUCAGAAUGUGAAAGUUCCAGUCCGAGCUGGACCUGAUCGACUGACAAAAAUCCGUUCCCAUCUCAAGGCUUUUCUUUCUGAAGCCACUGGAUUUUAUCAUGAUUUGACGUUGAAGCUAAGGGUAAAGUACGGUCUGCCACUGGAUCGAUUUUCUGAUGAUCCAGACAAUCAAAUUUCCUUGUUGGAAGAUGCAAAUAAAUAUUCUGAGAGGAAUAAGGGAUUGAUAUCCUGUCAUCGCUGUUUGAUUUAUCUGGGGGAUCUUGCUCGAUACAAGGGCUUAUAUGGGGAAGGAGAUUCUAAAGCUAAGGAGUUUGCAGCUGCAUCCAGUUACUAUAUGCAAGCUUCUUCACUUUGGCCUUCCAGUGGUAAUCCACAUCACCAGCUUGCUAUACUGGCAGGAUAUUCAAAUGAUGAAUUGGUGUCAAUCUAUCGCUACUUCCGAAGCCUAGCAGUUGAGAACCCUUUCGUUACUGCAAGGGACAACUUGAUCAUUGCAUUUGAAAAGAAUCGUCAUAGUUAUACCCAACUACUUGGUGAUGCUAAAGCUUUGGCGAAGGCAGUACCUUCAAGGAUGCCUGGGAACAGCAGAGGCAAAGGUGAAACUAGGCCUUCUAUUAAAGAUAAUGAGGCGGAAGCAAUUUCAAUUAAGGAAAGAGCUUCCAACAUUGCUGAUCUUUUGAAAGCCUUCAUCACACGAUUUGUUCGACUAAAUGGCAUUCUUUUCACACGGACAAGCUUGGAAACUUUUGAGGAAGUCUUCUCAAUGGUUAAAAAUGAUUUGUUAGAACUUUUAUCUUCUGGGCCAGAUGAAGAGUUCAACUUUGGUUCUGAUGCUGCAGAGUGUAGACUUGUAAUUGUGAGGCUGAUCACCAUUCUCAUAUAUAUGGUUCAUCACGUGAACGAGGAAAAUGAAAACCAAUCACAUGCUGAUAUCCUACGGCGCCCUGUCCUGCUUUAUAAUGCAUUUACUGCUACCUUUGAAUUUAUGGGUUAUGUACUUGAACGCUGUAACCAGUUGAAUGAUCCUUCAUCGAGCUUCUUAUUGCCUGGAAUAAUGGUUUUUGUAGAAUGGUUAUCCUGUCACCAUAAUGUUGCAGUAGACAGUGGUCUGGAUGAAAAACAAGUGUAUGUUAGAUCUUUUUUCUGGAAUAAUUGUAUUGCCUUAUUUAAUAAGCUCUUAUCAAGUGGAUAUAUGUUUGUUGACGAAGAUGAUGAGACAUGUUUCUCCCACGCAAGCAAGUACGGCAAAUAUGAGACUGCUAAUCGUCUUGCAUUGUUCGAGGACUUCGAAUUGAGUGGAUUUCUGCCUCUUCUUCCUGCCCAACUCAUCCUUGAAUCUUCAAGGAAGCGUUGUUUUGGAAGUGAUGGUGGCAAUAAGGAAAAGAAAGCCUGCAUUCAGAGGAUUAUUGCAGCUGGAAAGGCUCUUGCAAAUGUGGUCCGGAUUGGGAAGGAGAGAAUAUAUUUUGACAUGAAGUUGAAAAAAUUCGUGAUCGGUGUUGAAUCCCAAAUUUCUGAUGAUUACCCGCUCACCAGUCCUUUAGAAGUUCCCAAAGUAAAUGGUAAUUUGCUGGAAAAUUCUGUUGACGGCCAAGUGGCUCUGGCUGCUUUGCCCAAGCUGGAGGUGGUUGAAGCUGAAGGAGAGGACGAGGAUGAGGACGAGGUUAUUGUCUUCAAGCCAUCUAAGACUGAGAAGCACGUGGGUGACUUUGCUUCAAAAUUUACUUCUUCAGAGGUUCUUGCUUCCAUUGUUAGUGAUGGCAUAGUUCAUUCGGGGAAAGGAAAUGGGCCCCUUUCUGUUGGACAUGACAGUUUCCUCUUACAGGGUGCUUCAAGCAUGGGGCGAUCUGUAACUGUUGCUAACAGCACUUCUCAGUGUAUGCUACCAGUCGAAUCCAGCAUUUCAAAGUGCUUGGUAGAACAAACUCCUACUGUGAAUGGAUUGGCCGACUUGAGUUUGAUGGAAAAUGGAUCUUCUGUGAUACCUGCUGCUUCUGCUGUUCCCUACCCCAAGUUUAUCAAAACUGAUUCUGGACGUAAUUCUCCUGUUCAGAUUCCACAAACUGCUGUAACGUCUAAAUUUGAUUUGAUUAUGUCCUCUGGAGCAGUUACUGAUGGCCUGUCUGUGAAACCAUCCCCACCCAUAUCAGCAGGUGUAAAGAAGAAUCUGGUGAGUCGACCUAUUCGGGACUUUGGGAUCCCACCGGGCUUUGGUUCUAUUCCUUCUAGAACUGUGGAUGAGUCGUUGAACAGCAUGACCUUGAAAAAUGGAAAUCCUUUAAUCCCUCAAAUGGACGAUUAUAUCUGGCUAGAUGGAUAUGAGCUAUCUUCAAAUCAGUGUGUUGGUUUAAACAAUUCCACUAAUCACGUGGGACCAGAAUUCCAUUCUCUGAGCAAGAAUAAUGGUUCAAUGGGGAUGGCAAGCUUCCCUUUCCCUCGGAAGCAAGUCUCGACAAUGCAAGUCCAGAGUGAAAACCAGAAAAGCUGGUUUGACUAUCGGUUAGAACUUUUAAUGCAACACCAGGAGCAGCAGCAACAAUUUCAGGGGAGCAUAGAUGGUUUUGAACAAUUUGGCACGGCAAUUGUCCAUGGCCAGGCAGUUGUCACUGAACAGGUUAAGCUUGGGCCAAGCUUCCAGACUAUUGCAUGGAGAUUGUGA